AUGACGGACGGAAACUACGUUGAUGGGAGCUACUUCUUCUACGCCCCCAACAAGGGCGCGCCGUUCUUCUUCACCGCAGCGUUUGCCGGGUCGGCUAUCCUGCACUUUUGGCAAUGCUACCGUUACAAGUUUUUCAAGGUCACCGGCCUGUUUCCGUUCUGCUGUUUGCUCUUUACGGCAGGCUUCGCCGUUCGCAUAACCGACCCUGCAACCCCCCUUGACCAGUUCGCCCACGAGACGCAAGCACUCGCAGACAAGAGAGGCCGUGGACUCACAUUUUCCUGCGUGUCACGCAACAGGCCCCUGCUGGAGCUGGCAAACUACCACAUCCUCGGCCGGGUCCUCUACUACGUUCCCUAUUGCUCGCCGCUGCACCCGGGACGCGUGCUGAGCACCUUCGCCUUCUUCUCCGUCAUCGUCGGGAGCCUGAACGGGUGGGGCGGGAGCUACAGCGCGAACCAGUCCCUGUCGCCGCGGGAGAUGGCGGCGGGCCACGCGCUGAUCAAGGCGAGCCUGCUGCUGCAGGUCUUUGUGGUCGUGUGCUUCGUCGUGCUGGCCGCGACGUUCCAGCGGCGGUGCGCGCGGGCCGGUGUGGCGUGCCAGCGCGGCGUCCGGGGCCCGCGGGUCACAUUGUACGUCAGCGCCGGGCUCAUCCUCGCGCGGACGGCGUUCCGGAUCGUAGAGUAUUUUGGCGUCGCGGCGAUGCGUAGGGGUCCAGACGUGGACGUCGGCGAGGUGCCGCCGGCGAUGCGGUACGAGUGGUUAUUUUACGUGUUCGAGGCGGGCCUGAUGCUAGCCAACGUCGUCAUGUUCAACGCACGACACCCACGGCGGUACCUGCCGGAGAAGUACACUGUGUACCUCGCCUGGGAAUGGGGAACGGAGGUGGACGGGCCAGGGUGGAAGGAGAGCAAGGGAAGCGAAGCCGCAUGA